GAUUCUCUUAUGGAUACCCAUGCUGUUACUGACACAUACCCAGCGGAGCACCAUAAGGACUAGUAGCAGCUGAAUUUGGAACAAUAUAUGGCUGUAAUUCCUCUCAGGACUACCCGACUUUAUCUAAACAUGAAACCAAAAAAUAAAGCUAAGAGCUCCAGAAUAAUAUCCAAAGAUAUACGCCGGCGUAAGACAUACAACUCGGAAAACUUAAAUAAGGCCCUUCAAGCUGUCAAAGAAGGAAUGAGCAAGAAAUUGGCAGCAAAGACUUAUCAAGUCCCACGGGCUACUUUGCAAUAUAGGAUUAAGAAUCCUGAGCACCAGUCACGUCCAGGCCCUCCUACUAUUCUGACGGAAAAGGAAGAAAAAGAUCUCGAAGAUUGGAUUUUGUUUAGUUGUAGAAAAGGUUUUCCAAAACGCAAACAUGAUUUAAUUAGCAGUGUAUCGAACUUUCUGAAUAAUAGUAACAGGGGCAGCGUUUUUAAGAACGGCGAAAAGUGGUAUAAAUUAUUUCUUCAACGACACCCAAACAUUUCUGUACGCACACCUGAGGCAGUCACAGCAGCUAGUGCUGCUGUGUCAGAAAAUGAUGUGAGAGGCUGGUUCAGUCAAAUUGAAGAUUAUCUUAAAGAAAACGAUUUAUUUGAUAUACUCGAAGAUUCUUCCAGAGUAUUUAAUGGCGAUGAGACCAACUUCCUUCUUUGCCCUAAAACGGGUAUUGUAUUGGCUCCUAAAGGCGAAAAAAAUGUCUAUGAGAUAGACAAUGCGCUCGCCAAAACUUCCUUGACUGUAAUGUUCACAUUUUGUGCUCACGGAGAUCUCACACCUCCAAUGGUUAUAUUUCCGAAUAAGCGUUUAUCAGCCGACAUUACGUCCAAGGUUCCAUCAAAUUGGGGUAUAGGGCUUAGCGACAACGGGUGGAUGAAAGCCGAAGUCUUUCACGAUUACAUCGAGAGUGUAUUACACCCUCACUUAAUCAAAAAAGGCACUAAAUUCCCCAUAAUAUUGUUUGUUGAUGGUCAUAAGACUCACUUAACAUUUGCUGUUAGUGAGUUAUGCAAGAAAUUGGAAAUUGUCCUGAUUGCAUUGUACCCCAACUGUACCAGAUUACUGCAGCCAGCUGAUGUGUCAGCCUUCAAACCCUUGAAAUCUGGUUGGCAGAAAACUGUUUUGGAGUGGAGACGGAAUAAUCCUUCAGUAGCUCUCACUAAGAACAAUUUCGUACCCCUUCUAGACAAAACUAUCAAAAACACGAUCUCGGCAUCAACAGUUAUUAAUGGAUUUAGAGCUACAGGUAUUUGCCCAUGGAAUGUGAAUGCUGUGGACUAUACAAAAUGUCUUCGGAAAGCAAAUAUUCCACUAACAGAAACUUUUAAUAAAAAAAUUAAUGAAAAUCCAAAAGUGAUGACCAAAGAAGACUUCAGAAAUAUUAUAGGAGCAAGCAAAAUGAGUCAAAUUGAAGGUGGUGCACUUAAACCAGAAGAAAGCUAUUUGCAAAAACUGUGGAACUUUUUCACAGAAGUGCAAAAAGAUAGUACACAUUUAAACAAAGACAAUACUUCCAAUGAACAAGAUGUGGAUAUUACAUUAGAUACAAUGGAUAUUGAAAACAUGCCCGUUAUUUUAAACGAAUACUUGACAGAAGAGCUUUCUGAUUGCGCACCUACACCUACGUCAGAAAUUAUUGUAACAGCAGAAGACUUCAAUAAUGGCAAUGAUGAUCGUUCAUGGGGCAAUUCACAAGAAGUUUUACAUGUAACUCAUAAAGCAGAAGUGCAUGAAGCUACGACUCGAAAUACGAAAAUUUCAAUUCUGUCCCAACAAAUUGAACACCCCACGAAAACAGACGCACAACAACAAAAUUCCGAGUUUGAAAAAAUAGAAACAUAUAUUGAUCCAGCACCUGUGAAGAUUCAAAAACCUUCUACUGUCAUGUUAAACCUUACUCCCAUUAAAUUAACCGAUGUCCUUGUAUUGCCAAAAUCACCACAACGAAAAGGCGUUAGAAACAUAAAGAGAGCUCCUUUUGUACUGACGUCUGAAAAAUGGAGAUCUAUUGAAAGCGAAAAACUCCGCAUAAAACAGGAAAAAGAAGAAGGUAUAAAAAAAAGAAAAGAAGAAAGAGAAAAAAAGAAAUUAGAAUCAAAAACUAAGCAGACGAAACAAAAAGUAACAGCAGCUAAGAUGAAGAUUGCGAAGGAACAUAAAAGAGUAAAUGCAGAUGUUAAGAAAAUUGUGCCACCUGAAAAGUUGGACACCGCAGAUAUUUCAUGGAUACCACCUGCAAAUGUAGACUGUACACCGAUUGAAAAUCAAGAGGAUAAGGAAAAUUACAUCGACAAUGCCUGUUUAGUUCCUGAAAAUAACAAUAAUAAACAAAUCAAGAUUGUAUACACUGAUGCUGAAAUAGAGAAGUUUUUGACUGAAUUUGAUUCCUCUGAUGUUUAAGUUGUUGUGUAGUUAAGAGUUUCAUUUAUUGUGUAGUUAUAAGUGAUAACUUUAUAAUUGUUUUUCUUUUUCUAAAUGUUUACUGAACAUUGAUUUCAUAAAGUACCUAGGUAUGACCCAAAUUAUUGAUAUGGCGGUUACAUUGAUUGUUUUGUUUUUAUGUUUAUGUGACUAAGUAUAGCUGCAUAAAUAAAAGUGAUUAUAAGCUAGGCUUUUUUAACUUCAUCCUUUUCCUUUUUAGAUAUUUUUCCUUUAUAUACUGAUUUAUCUGAAAUGCCAAUAAAUGGUAAAGGCCCAUGCAGAUAAUUGGCCAAAGUAUGCCAGUAAUUGGGAAAAACGUUUUAUUUAGCAUAAAUUAAAAAAUAAAAUAAAAGCGAUGAUAUUAAUUGAGGUUUUAUUUAUUUAAAACGAAAAAUAACUUUCAAGUUGUAAUUUUGAAAAAAAUGUUAUAUUGGCAACCCUCCAUAAAGUUAUUUUUCACGAUUUAAGUGAAAGGUGAUGCUUAAAGUGCCAAUA